UGUAAAAGUGACGCGAGGCGGACAUUGCGAGGUGAACCCCGCUCAUUGAAUUCCCCACCACCUUCUUCACUUCGAUAUCUCCGUUCCUCAUCACCUCCUCCCCGGCGUCUCCGAGCUCCCAGAUUCACACUCCAUGGGAACUACUCCCACUCUCCGCUCUCUUCAUGGUGCUCUUUGGGGAACUCCACAGAUGCAAUCUUCCCUUAAUAAGCCUGUUGGAGCUCCUUUACAGACUUGUUCUUUCAGGAAUGAAUCAUUUUUCAAGACUUCUUUCUUGGGUCAGAGUCUCAGAUCCUCAAACAUGAACAAGAGAAUGCCACUUUUGCCUUAUGUAAAGGCCUCUGAAGCUGCAUCAGAAGUGGCAUCUGACACAGAUUCUUUAACCAAGUCUGAACAAAGUUCAUCAACUGGGGAGAAUGUACAGAAAUCAGCCUUUCCUAAUGGAUUUGAGAGGUUGAUCUUGGAAUUAUGUGAUGAAACCACAGUCGCUGAGCUAAAAUUAAAGAUUGGAGGCUUUGAGAUGUAUGUGCGGAGGGACAUAUCUUCUUCAAAUGCUCAAAUUCCCACUAUUCCUCCAAAUGCCCUGCCUAUUCAAGCACCGCCAAUUCCAAGCAAACCAAUGUCUGAAUUAGGUCCUCUUGCACCACCAGCUGUGCCACAGAAACCGCCCCGUACACCUUCAAGUCCAUUCAUAAAUGUCCCAUCUGCAAAAGACGCAAAGUUGGCUGCAUUGGAGGACUCUGGAGCGAAAACAUAUGUUAUAGUCGCUUCUCCUACAGUUGGUUCUUUCCGGAGGGCAAGGACAUUGAAAGGGAAAAGGCAACCUCCAAGCUGUAAAGAGGGAGAUAUGAUCAAAGAAGGGCAGGUCAUUGGCUACUUGGAUCAGUUUGGCAACGAAUUACCAAUCAGAUCAGAUGUCGCCGGAGAAGUUCUUAAGAUUCUCUACCAAGAUGGAGAAGCAGUAGGAUUUGGAGAUCCGCUUAUAGCAGUUUUACCUGCCUUCCCCGGUAUCAACUGAGCAAUUGUGCAACUGCAUGCUCCUUGUCUUCAUGUAAUUUCCCCAUUUUUCUCUGUAUGGUUCUCACUCAUAUCCAGCUUUAGUGACAGACUUGAUCAUCGUUGGAUAGCAUAUUCUAUUUGUUAAUUAGUUCUCUUUUGGAAGGACAAAUCCUAUAUUAUGCAUCUUUGUUAAAUGUUUACUCCUAUCCUAUAGAGAGGCUCAUGUGUUUCUCCAUUAUGCUUCGAACUUCAACCUGCGAAGUCAAAUUAGAGACACUUGAGCCUUUACACCCAAAUACAAAAGAUUAUUUGUAGACUAUGUUUUGUCAGUAUUGUUUUUCAGUCUACGCGCUUUAUUAUUAUUAUUA